AUGUCGUCUGUCAACCCCUUCACACCGGUGACCCCCCCGCCGGAAAGUCACUCGUUUCCUAAACUUCCUGCCCAAAGACCGUUGCAGAACAACCUCAAGCGCAAAGCCUCUUCACAAGACCCUUUCGGCGGCCUAGCAGGUCUCAACACACCCACGAUGAUGGCACCACCUCCUCCCCCGACUUCGCAACCUAAGAUGUCCGCGUCGCCAAACCUUAGUUCAGGACCAAGCUCUAGCAGCACUCCCCAGUCUAGCGAGGCUACGACACCCGAGAUUCCCAACAUUCCCGGUGCAAACCUCGACCCCAAAUACCUCGCCAUGGUCUCUCGUAUUGCCGCCUAUUAUCAGCAAAGAUGCCAGGCAGUAGCAAACUACCAGCAACAGCGAUGUCAGGCUUGGGCCAACAUGCAUAGGCAGAAGUGUCAAGAUAUGAUGCAGGCAUCUAUGCUAGUGGUGGCUUGGUAUGUAAGAGAUCGCAUCCAGCGCAGGCGGAGAAGGGAGAAGCGUCAAUUUCGGUCUGGAUUGAGACGCAGGACAGAUCAGAAUAAGAUCGCUAAAACUGAGGUUGUCCGUCGCUGGGUCAAGCAGAUUCCUGAUGGACCAGAAUCACCCAACAACCCCGUUGGCACCCAGCUUACCGACCGAGAAGAAGCCGAGUUCUCAAUGGAUCGCGAGACACAGCCAGAUAAAGAUACCAAGCUGUUUGAGAUGGCCGAUAAUCUUAUAAAGAGCCAAUACAAGAAGAUAGAAGUCCCCAUAAUGGGUGUGCUCAACUUUGAUGAGAGCGACAACGAAAGCGAGAGCGACCUGGACGAGCCAGAGCAGUAUGAGGAAAUGGAUGAAGCAGAAGACCCCGCCGAGGAUGACGAAUAUUACGAAGUGGAAGAUGACGAACUAUAUGACGACGAGGACGAAAUUGAGUAUACAGGAGAUGGCGCCUCAGAGGUUGUUCAUCACGGCACAGGUACUGGCUCAGGCAGCCGAAACAACAAUCUCAGUGAAUCCUCAUGA